CAGACAGGCAGAAGGCGACUGAGAGAUUGCAAAAAGAAAGCGAGGAGUUCUUCAGCUCACCUUUGUUUUGCAUCUCUGCACUUGCUCUGCUUUCAGGAGCAAGGACUCAAGCCAACUCUUCCAGCUUCGCUGAGAAACCAGUAAACAAACGCAAUGGACCCCGCAGGAUCCGCUGACGGAAAGAAGGGACCCCCCAAGUUCAAGCAGAGGGCGGCCCGCACCUUCAAGAGCAAGGCCCCCAAGCCUGGCCAGAAGGGGUUUGGUGAUGACAUCCCAGGAAUGGAGGGGCUUGGAACAGACUUCACAGUGGUCUGCCCAUGGGAGGCGUUUGGUGACAUGGAGCUCAGUGAUCUGGCUAAAUACGGAAUUGUGUAGUCCCCCACCCUCUCUCUCCUCCACCUGCCCCCAUUCUCCACCCCUAUGCCUGCCUCCUCUCCGGUGGGGCUAGCCAUGCCCUGCCACAGCUGAAAGGCACCACCAGUUAGCAAGAAUGCAGUCGCCUGCUCCGCCAAUGAUCAAACCAUCACCGAGCAAGCAUGGAUGACAGCAACCAUCAACGCAAUGUCUAUUGUCUACAUCAAAGUAAAUUUGGCUGAAAUGGACAACCCUCCCUCCCCCCUCCCUCCCUAGAGGAAUGACCGAUAGUAAACAAAGGGAAGGGCUACUUGAACAUCUGUACAGUACCUUUGAUGCUGCUUCUAGUGGUCAAGUAGAGCAAUAAAGUCUAUCCUUGAGGCACGACAUUGUAUUGAUGGACGUUUUCUUUUUAGAUGGUGCACAAUUGGUGCUAAGGACGUUAAACGAUGCUGUUCACAAAAAGGGUUCUACUGUACAAAACUGAUGUGAUGCCACAGUAAGGAGUUUUUUUUCCUCUGUUGCCUCAUCCACUCUUUUCCUCUCCUUGUUCAUGCUCAGAUGUUAUUUUUAUUAUGAAUUUUGAAUGUAUGUUGAGUGUGUAAUUGCUACAUGCUCAGCACUAGGUGUUCCAAUGGAAUGCCAUGGUUGAGGGCAGUAGAGAAGGUUGCAGAAUGUCAAAUAAAGUCAGAAUU